UGUGGCCCCUGCCCGGGAAAAUGGCGGCGCCGGGGUGGGCGGAGGGAGCGUUGUAGCGCCCGGUGCCGUCCCCGCCAUGGCGGACCUGGGCCGGCAGCUGCACGAGUACCUCGCGCAGUCCAAGGCCUCUGCUGCCGCCACCGGCCCCAGCGCGGUCCCCGCAGCGCCGGCGGCCGGCGGCUCGCAGGAGGAGGCGGGGGACGGCGGCGGGCUGCGGGCCUGGCUGGGGGCGCUGAACCCGUUCCCGCCGGGCAGUGCCCCGGGCGCCACGGUGUGGCCUUGGACGGGAGAGGAGGACCCGUGGCUGCCGGGGCUGUCGCGCUGGCAGCGGCUGGCGGGCAGCGGGCUGUGCGUGCUUCUGGCCGCGCUGUGCUUCGGGCUGGCCGGGCUGUGCGUGCCGCUGCUGCUGCUGCGCGCCCGCAAGUUCGCGCUGCUCUGGUCGCUGGGCUCGCUGUGCGCGCUGGGCGCCGCCGCGCUGCUGCGCGGGCCCGCCCGGCUGCUGCGGGAGCCCGGCCGCGGGGCGCUGCUCUACCUCGGCGCGCUCUUCGGGACGCUGUACGCCGCGCUGGCGCUGCGCAGCACCGCGCUCACCGCGCUGGGUGCCGCCGCGCAGCUCGGCAUCGCCGCCACGGCGCUCCUGGCCGCGCUGCCCGGCGGUGCCGCCGGCCUGCGCCGCCUGGCCGCGCUGCUCCGCGCCGCUGUGUGCGGCCGAGGCAAGGCGGCGCUGCCUCUGUGAGCCCGGCGCGCCGGGGAGGAGCGGCCGCGGCCCCGCGGGAGUCCCUCACACGCGGACCCGGAUCGCCAGCUGACUCCCAGGCCGGGAACGCCGCUUCUCUUCGCCUCCUCCGCGUCCCGGCACGUUUUCCUCGCCAGCGCUCGAGGAGCAGCAGCAGCGGGGCCGGCAGCCCGGAGCGGCCCCGGUGACUCGGAGCUGCUGUGUGCGGUGUCAGCCUGCCGAGCCGCCCCGAGCUCGGUGUCUGCCUUACCGCGCUGCCAGCUCCAUAGGCACGGCUUGGCAUCGCUGCCAACUCCAUAGCCACUGCCUGGCACCGCUCCACCUCUGGGUGGGG